CAUUAUAAAAGAAAAAGAAAAAAUUAAAAAGAAAAAGAAAAACACAAAACCCACAAUCACCUCUUUCCUACUUUCAUUUCCUUACCCCAAGAAACAGCAAAAGGCACACACACUCAAUUAUUACUUCACAUUUCACACACUACACACACAGUUCACUGCUUGGAGAACUGAAAAGCAAGGCCAUUACACAAGAAACAAAAAUGGGAGUUUCAGUUCCCAUUCUCGCGAUCUCAAUUUCCCUUCACCUCAUUGCCUUCGUUUUUGCCGUCGGCGCCGAGCGACGCCGUAGCACGGCAAAAGUGGUCCCCGACGAGUAUGACGAGAGAACAUACUGCGCUUACGGGUCGGACGCGUCGACGGUGUACGGACUGGCGGCGUUUGGGCUGCUGCUGGUUGCGCAGGCGUUAAUCAACGGCGUUACCAAGUGCUUGUGCUUCGGGAGAGGGAUGAUGGGUGGCCGCUUCACUACUUGUGCUGUUUUUUCAUUCAUUUUCUCAUGGGUGACCUUUUUAGCAGCCGAGGCAUGCCUGCUGGCGGGGUCAGCUAGGAAUGCAUACCACACAAAGUACACAGCCAUUUUUCAUGUGGAGCACUUGUCUUGCGCCACUCUUCGUAAGGGCGUGUUUGGUGCUGGUGCUGCCCUCACUAUCAUGUCAAUGGUGGCCUCGGUUUUGUAUUACUGGGCCCACUCGAAGGCCGACACUGGCGGAUGGGAAAAGCACCAAAAUGAAGGGCUCGGGAUGACUGGAUCGAAUUUUACGGAGAAUGAGCACCGGAUGAAGAUUGGUGAAUUUGAGAAAAACUGAAUUAUUUUUUUCUCUGCCUUUCUUUCUCCCUUUACGUUCUCGGCCAAGGCCCAAGAAUUAUAAGUUUGUUUUGUGAUGUGUAAUAUAUGUGUUUAUGUAGAAAGUGAAGUUGCUAUGUAUUUACCUUGAAGAACUUUGUUUCGUUGGUUUAGCAGCUGGAGUACAUGAACUUGUUCAAUUCAAAUCAAUUUUCCUAGCGCAUAUACAAGAUUCACC